GCCUAAGGGAUUUUUUUUCUGAAGAGUGUCAAUAGUACACAGCUGGAAACGGACACUCCGUCAUGUCUGUAGGCAACUGUAAGAGAUGAGACAUGUCCAGGGUAAUGGGUUUUGACCGACAUAUUUUUCUCUGAAAUACUGUAAACUGAGUAACAAUCAUCAGAAAUGGCUCAGAGAAGGAACCCAGCCAGAGAAAGGAAGCGAUGCCUUGAGGUACUGGAGCUGACCGAGGAAGCAACUGAUGAGCAAAUAAAGAAAAGCUAUAGGAAGUUGGCUUUACAGUACCAUCCUGAUAAGAACCAAAGUGAAGAUGCAAAAGAGAAGUUUCAGGAAAUUGGAUAUGCCUACAAGUACCUUACAGAGGGACCUGAGGCUGUAGGUUUGCACGAUGAUUCUUCAGAUGUUGGAGCCUUUGAUGACACUGCCACGAUGGAUAUAUUGUUUAGGCUUUUCCCCUGGCUUGUUGGAGGUGGUAACCAGAGAAGAGGUCACACUACAUUUAUGUUCUCCAAUGGUCCAGGUUUCGGUUUUUCCUCCUUCACAUCUAGUCCAUUUCACUCGUCCUUCUUCGCUGAUCAUGAUGACCACUUCCCGACAUUUAUGGAAGAGGACUCUUUUGGUAUGAGGUCACCUUUUGACCACCUGUUCCACUUCCACCAACCAGGUCUAGGGGGACAUUUUCAUCGUUCCUCAAGGUCACGCCAUCAUCAGCAUCCGCGAAACAGACCGCAGCGCCAUCCUGUGAAUGUAGAUCAUAGAUCCACACCCAGACAAGAACCUCAAACAAAUGGAGGCAGUAGACCAUUCCCGACGGAGGACUUCAUUGAAAUUUCUGAUGAUGAAGAUGAUGUAGUGUUUCAAAGUAGCAGUGACGCACCAAUGGGAAAUUCUAGUGAAGAACACAGAAGAAACCCUGAUUAUUUUGAGAAGUACAGACCUGAUAUACCUCUUAGUGAGAAGGAGGAGGAGGAAAUGCUAAAUAUAGCACUAGAACUCAGUAAAUCCGAACUGUCUAAAGAAGACAAGAACAACAAUAAAAAGAAAGAACAGGAAAGUAAGAAAAACAAAGAGGAUAAAAACUUCUCAGUCAAAGUAUCAGCUGAUUAUGGUGCUGAUGUACCCACAGGGUCAGGGUCAAAUGGAGGUCAAGGUCAAUUCAAUGGGAUGCCAAGACAGAGUAAAACUCGAGAUGUAGAUGAGUUCUCUACUUAUGAUAAUUGUGAGAGUGAUGAUAAUCAAGACACAAUGUCGUGGUAUGACAAUAUAGGUGGGUUAUCCGAUAACUCCAUUCACUCUCCAAUGACGGAGGUACAUAAAACCUAUUAUGCUAAGAAGCACCCUAACCACAAAGAUCACAAAGAGCAACCUAAAGCUGCCUCCAGUUCUGUUUCCCAUAGCACCUCUAAGAAGUCAGGCCCCGCCCACACACAUGGUGCAGGUAGUCGAGGGACUGAUCACGCAGAUAUAGGAAGAAGAAGGGCUAAUUUCCGGCAUGCUGAUGAUGUCAGACAUCACCAGACAUCAUCACAUGUGCCUAAGAGCUCUAAAACAGACAAGGCAAAGGGGACUCACCACAAACACUGAUGUAAUGUUGUCUGAAAUUGUAUGAAAUGUAGAUUAUUGACAGGGAAUGAUGCAUAAAUUAUUGUGUUUUAUUUCACAGCUGUUUUAUUACUGGUAUGGUAAUUGAAGGCAUUGGUUUUUAUUCUUUUUGAGUAAUGAGUGAUAUUUGAAUGAAUAUUAGAGGAAUUGCUGUUAUUGACAUAAAAUUAGUUAAUUUGUUUUAAAUGUUUUUUGUUUCAAAAAAUGAAAAUUAAUGUUCACUACCGGUAUAUUUUUGACAAAACACAACUUUAAUAUAAGCAAUCCAUGUAGAUAGCACAAUUCUGUCAAUUUGUACUUAAUUUAUCUAUUGUAGACAUAAUUGUGUGCCAUAAUAUAUUUGUUUUAUUGAAGGUUGACGUGUCAGAGCAGCUUAAUAUAUAAUUCUUUUGAAGUUAAAAAGUAUGCAUGUAUCAAUCAAAUUUAUUUAUUCACAGAUAUUUCUGAAACACCAAAGGAGUACUUAUUAUGUGUCUAAUGCCUGACAAAAUGACUGUUUUUGUUUUAUCAGUUGAUAUGCGGGAUGUUUAAAAUGAAAAGACCUUAAUUUAACAUUUGUAACUGGAAUGUGGGAAAAUUCUGAAUCGAAGAAGUUAUAUGGUCAGUAAUUUUGCCUUAUUUUGAUAAGAUUACUGUGGAUCAUCCAAAGUUGAGUUGAAACAAAUUACUACAAAAUUUAAUACCUCUGAGUCAGAUUUUAUAAGAAAAAAGAAAUAAAAAUAAUUCAAAUGCUAUUUGGUGACUAACAUCUAUAUAAAUAUCAAUAAACAUGAACAAUACAUGUAUCAAAUCAAAGUCAAAUUUUCUAUUUUAGAAAGCAAGUUUCGUUUUUUUAAGCUAUUGUAGGAAAAAAUAUUUAUGAAAUCUUUUUUUUAUCAACAAGCUCAUGUGAAACAUGUUGAAAUUGAGAAUUUCUUUUAGAAAUUUAUUUUUAUGCACAGAUACUUCAACCAUAUCUUUUAACCUUUCUGAUGCAAAAUUACAGACCAUAUCACUGCGAGGUAAAUCACUGUUGCUUCAUUAAAUUUGUUUGAAAAUUCUUA